AUGCUCAGGUACCGAAAUGACUUGAGAACUCUUUCUGCACUGACCAUGGUGAAGAACAACCAGUAUGCGGGUCUGGCCGCCUUGGAUAUGGCCUUGUGCGUUGCCUUGUACUGUGCUGGUCGUUUGGGUCUCCACGGUCCUUCUCCGCCGGGUUGGAUCAUGGGGCUUUGGCUCACGAACAAUGCUGCCUCCUUCAGCUUCAUGGGACUUGCAAUCUUCAUGGCCCUUCAUGCAUCUUUCAGGGCUCAGGCUGCAUCUGUCAACCUCCUCACCCGCAAGAUCAGGGUGCCUGUGCCGUCAAUGAGGCAGCUCGACAAGGCACGACGCUUCAGUUCCGAGUUUGAGCAACAGCAGUGGAGUGACAUCUUUCGUGUGCCUUAUAUUUCAAACCCUGGUGUGCCAAAGACUGAUGAGACGUCCAGUAAGGUUUCGGGCAGCCGAGCACGCUCUGCUUCGCCAGGCCGCCGACCCCAGGCAGCGAAGGCCUCCAGCUGGAUCCGAGAGGAGUUUGACACAGAUCGUGCUGGUACAGUGACGGGAACCGUGCAGCCUGGUGCUCUAUUGCCGGCGGAUGCAGCACCUGAGCACUUCCGAUUGUAUGCUGCAGUGCAAAAGGAAUGGUUCCAGUACGACAUCUAUGCACGCGUUUGCAUGCUCCUGGGCUUUUCUUCCUUCGUUCAGUCCUUGUCCUUCUAUGCCAACGGACACAUUGUGGUGGAACUGCGUGGCUUCUAUGUGGCCCACGCCACAGCGUUUGUACUGGAGGUGCUCCAUGUUUUGCUUCUUCGCUUUGACAUCAUCCAGGGACGUGUCAAGUCUACUGAUCGAACUCCUGCUUGGUUCCUUUGGCUGGGUCCCGCAGCCGUACUCUUUGCAACCGUUGGUAUGUCCUUGGACUUUCACGUUCACUUCAGCUUCGUUGUCGUGAUCUUUACAUGGAUUUGCAUCUUCGCGGCCUACAUUUGCCAGUUCUGCUACCAGCUUCGCAUCCUUGAAGUGAUUUUGCCGGAUGACAUCCGCAAUCCUCUGAAGAUGGAAGAGUCGAUUGGUGAUGCUUGGUGGCCUUCCGCGUGGCGCUGCCCCUCUGCUUUUGCGCACGUGCUGUAUUUUGUGGCGCCCCCUGCCCGGCUGCAGCCGGGUCAGUUCGACUUGAUGCGCGAGGUGAAGGAAGGGCCACAGGGCAACGCCUUCGAGACAGCGGGUGUCCCUCUGAUGGAGACCAAACCUGCGGACACGAGCGAAGCAAACCCAGGCAUGUCAGCAGAGGAAAUUGCUAUGCAGGUGCAAUACUUGGACCGUCUUUUUGACUACUUCCAGUCAGAUCAGGUCGACGCAACUCUGUCUGAGACCAACAAGGAGCGUGUGAAGGAACUUUACGGCGAGUUUGCAAAUGCCCGACGCAAGGGCAGCGGUCCUGAGGCCAUGCGGGUGUUCCAGGACAGCCUGAUGGCACUGGAAGGUAUCAUGGCGGCUGAGGGCAUGCGCCACGAGGGAGGAGAUCACGAGGGUGGUGGUGGACACUCCGGCUUGCACUUCAGUCGUGAGGGUGUCCGACGGCUCUCAGGCGCUUUGAUGGGUGUAUUGUGGGAGCCCAAGACAGCGACUGAUUCAAAGAGGCUCACUCAUUUGCCGCCGCUGCUUUCUGCGGCCUUCCAUCCUCAUGCAAAGGACACUGUUACUCUACUAAGUCAAGUGGACUUGUGA